AUGGCUACCCCCAGUGUCCUUACCUUUGAUGCUGAGGGUCGGGCUGUUGACUUUGAGGUCUGGGUCGAUGACUUGCAGCUUUUCCUACAGUGCGAUAGGGCAGACGGUCUCUCCCUUUUCGAUCUCACGUCUGGUGCCUCUCCUGCCCCGCCUGCUGAUGCUGACACCACUGUUCCCUCACAGUGGGCCACACGCGAUGCUGCUGCCCGUCUUGCUGUGCGUCGCCACUUACCGACCGCUGAGCGUGCGCACUUUAGUCAGUACAAGAGUGCUAAGACCUUGUACGACGCUGUAGUUGCACGCUACUCUUCCCCUGCCACUGCUGCUCUUAGCCGCCUCAUACUGCCGUACCUGGACCACUUCCUCUCAGUUUGCCCCACCACACUCACCGUUGACCUCCUCGAGGAGCGCCUCCUGGCAGCAGAGCAGAGUAUAGUCGCUGUAGGAGCCUCUCGUGGUGACCCUCGCACCCCCGUCUUUGAGGGGAGUUCCCCCUCCCCCCUCUUGCCCUCUGUUGCCUCUGCUGCUGCGGCCGACCUCGUUGGCCUCGAGUCGGUCGGAGCUGCGUCUGCCCCUAGCGGGAGACGCCGCACCGGCAAGGGCAAGGGGGGCAAGGGCGCUGGAGGAGCUGGCGGGGGCGGUGGAGGUGGCGGUGGAGGCGGUGGAGGGGGUGGGGGUGGUGGUGGGAGUGGUGGCGGGGGUGGGGGCGUCGGUGGCGGCAGUGGAGGCGGAGGAGGCGGCGGUGGUGGCGGUGGGAGCGGAGGAGGCGGAGGCAGCGGAGGCGGCGGAGGUGGUGGCGGCAGCGGUGGAGCUGGUCGCGGCUCUGCGCAGAGGGGUGGCUCCGGUGGUGGUCAGCGUCAGCAGCAGCAGCGCACUCGUGAGACCCCGACCCCCCAGCAGCUUCGUGAGUGGUACGCUGCGCGUCAGCGGGGUGGGGGUACUGGUCCCUGUACCUACGUCCUUCGCACCGGCGACCGCACUGGUGAGCAGUGCGGGGGCGCGCACUCCACCCAGCGCUGCUUCGGCCGCCUGACGGACGCUUGGCGUCACCAGUUCCCUGACGCCACUGAGAUCCCUCGCUGGGGAGAGCUGUCUAGGGCGGGGGUUGCUAUCUUUGAUAUGGAUUUUGAUGCUAUCCUUGCUGCCAUGUAUGCUGUUUCUACUAGUGAUGAGGGUGACUGUUACCUGUGUGUUCCGCCUGACCUGGGCAUUGGGACUGCUGCUCUAGGUGCUGGUGAGGCUGCUGCUCUAGGUGCUGGUGAGGCUGCUGCUCUUGGUGCUAGUGAGUCUGCUGCUCCAGGUGCUGGUGAGUCUGCUCUCUCAGGUACCACGUCGGCUCAGGCCUCUCACACCUUCACCCUUGACUCGGGUGCUUCCCGCUCCUUCUUUCGAGACCGCACCACACUCACGCCGCUUAGUCGGCCAGUUGCGGUCUCCCUGGCAGACCCCUCUGGGGGUCCUGUCCUUGCCCACUUCUCCACUGUCUUACCGUGUCCGGCGGCCCCCCUCUGGCACCCUGUCAGGUCUGGUCCUGAGUCUGCCCCCUGCUCGUGUCGUCUCCUGUCUCAUCAGACUCUCCUCUGGCACCACCGCCUUGGUCACCCCUCCCUGCCUCGUCUCCGAGGCAUGGCCUCCCGUGUCCUUGUCUCUGGUCUCCCCCGGUCCCUCCCUCCUCUUCCUCCGGGGCCUGCCCCUACCUGCGUUCCCUGCGUCGAGGGGCGGCAGCGCGCUGCUCCUCACUCCUCCGAGUUUCCUCCGACAGAGGCUCCGCUGCAGACGCUUCACAUGGACGUGUGGGGUCCAGCCCGAGUCCGUGGACAGGGUCACGAGCGCUACUUCCUGCUGGUGGUUGACGACUACUCGCGUUACACCACAGUCUUCCCCUUGCGCAGCAAGGGUGAGGUCACUGGGGUGUUGAUCGACUGGAUCCGCGCUGCUCGUCUCCAGCUCAGAGAUAGUUUCGGCUCGGACUUUCCUGUUCUUCGUCUGCACUCCGACAGAGGUGGAGAGUUCUCCUCUGACCUUCUGCGAGCCUUCUGUCGUGCACGAGGCAUCCGCCAGACGUUCACGCUUCCGGCCUCUCCACAGCAAAAUGGGAUUGCUGAGCCCCGCAUUGGCAUGGUCAUGGACGUCGCUCGUACGUCCAUGAUCCAUGCGGCUGCCCCCCAUUUUCUGUGGCCGUUCGCGGUUCAGUACGCUGCGCAUCAGAUCAACCUUCAGCCCCGGGUCUCCAUGCCGGAGAUCUCCCCUGCUCUGCGAUGGACGGGGAAGGUUGGCGAUGCGUCUGCGUUCCGUGUCUGGGGAUCUAGGGCGUUUGUCCGCGACUUGUCUGCGGACAAGCUGUCCCCCCGUGCUGUUCCCUGCGUCUUCCUUGGCUUCCCCCCUGACGCGCCAGGUUGGCAGUUUUACCACCCUACCUCGCGCCGUGUUCUGUCCUCUCAGGACGUCACGUUUGACGAGUCGGUUCCCUACUACCGUCUCUUCCCCUACCGCACUGCGUCCCUCCCCCCGCCGCCGCUCUUCCUCGCGCCAGGUCCCCCCCCGGUAGACCCCCUCCCCCCUCAGGGUCUUGCCCCCUCAGGUGUGUCCCAGGUAGACGCGGUCGAGCCUGUCGAGGUAGCUGUCGACUCUGGUGCUGCUAGGGGUGCUGAGCCUGCGGCCGGGGGGUGCUGA